AAUUGUGGCACUCAUCUGAUCUAUGAAUACAUUGUGUCCACAAUUAUCUCUUCACUUGAUUAUGACAUUCACUGAAUUGAAGUGAGUCUUUGUGAUCAUAACAUAGUCUAACAAACAGUUAUCUAUUGCUUAAUACAAAGAAAUGACCGCAAAAUGAUGGACAAUAAUGACCAGAGGUUAACCAUGAAUGACAUGAAUGGCGAGUCGGUGUUGAUGUCAAACAUGGAACUGUUGCCCAAUAUGUCUAACAUUAUGGACGACCAGUUGAUGCAACUGCUCGACAACCAGAACUAUAUG